CCUGGCUGGCGCUUGGUUGCUCGCUGCUUGGUCCUCUCGGACCUGAUCCAACCCUUUGCUGCUGCUGCUGCUGCUGCUGCCGGCGACAGAUCCACCAGGACCGCAAGCUUGCCUCCAGGCCCAACCGAACCCAACCAUCCCUCCCAGGCCGCGCUCACUGCAAUGUCCACCAAGCUGGCGAGCGGCAUUCCGUCGCUCCAGAUCACCCCAAAACCCAUCCCGACCGACUCGUCGACACCAAGCAAAUGGCUCUGGAAGCCCUUUGUUGUUCCGUCACGAACAGACGGCCUCGUUCUCAGUCACUGGGAGAAAUCGACCGGCGACGAUUCGGAAAAACCACCUGAUUUCACCUUCCGGGAUUUUGGUAUCGUUCAGUACACCGACGAAGAGUACCGGACCCAUCUCGAAGAUCCAGACUGGACCAAGGAGGAGACCGACUACCUGUUUGGCUUGUGCAAGACAUAUGACCUGCGCUGGUUUGUCAUUCACGACCGGUACGAGUUCCCGGGGAAGAUGCGGACGAUGGAGGAGCUCAAGGACAGGAUCUUUGUCAUCAACAACAAGCUGGGCUCUUUGAAGCUGAUCCCGCAGAACUACAAGUUUGACAAAAACAAGGAAGUGGAGCGCAAGAAGAACCUGCGAACGCUACUGGGCCGCUCGAGGGAGCAGAUGAUGGAGGAGGCAUAUCUGGUCUACGAGCUUCGCCAACGUCAGCAAAACGAAACCCGGACUGCUCGCGAGCGAGAUCUGUUGGUGUCGGAUCUGCGAUUCAUCGAUUCCACAAGCAUAGGAUCUCAGAAACCCACAGGCUCGGGCGAGGCUGCAGCGACUACGACUGACCAUUCAGAGAGUCUCAGGAAAAAGAAAAAGUCGCUCCAGAAAAUCGUUACAGCCACUCCAGGCACCCCGGCGGCAGAGUCGCCGAGCCACGAGGGACGUCAUCUCAAGAAAUCGCACACGAAAUCCGCCGAAUCUGCCGAGGCUUUGGAUUCGCCUCUGAAGAGCGCGAAGCCCCAGGCGAUGAUUUAUGCUCGAAGUCAGAAGCUGACGCCGCUCAAGACAGCGUUAAUACCCAAGGUCCACCACAUGCUGGAAGAGCUCGGAGUUGCGAUUCGGCCGCGCAUGCCCACGGCCCAAGUUAUGGCCAAGUACGAAGAGCUGCGAUCCAACAUCCAAAUCUUGAUCGAGCUGAAGCGCCAGCACGAAAAGGCCGAGCACGAGCUCAAAAUGCUCACUGCCAAGAAGCACGGCCAUGAACACGACGGAGCCGGAAAGCGGCCGUCGCUUCAUCCGGGCGGGAGCAUGCUCAAACGAAGCUUGGGCACCCCCGGCAUGACCCCCAACAAGCGGCAGCGCUGAUGCCGUUGAUAUGUCCAUUUGCACCCUCGUAUCAACUGGCCGGCUGUAGGAUUUGGGAAGGGAUUGUAUUGGAACGCAACACGCAUUUAGCCAGUCGGAUAGCGCCGUAGCAUCUCGACAUCAAGAGUGUCGAACGACUCGCUGGCUGUGUUCUG